GUAUGUCAUUCAAUGAAUCUCGAGCCCAAAAUUGUGCCUUAUAUGCUCUAGCCGGACUGACAGGUUUCGUAUGUGGAGCCUAUUUCCAGCAAGAGGCAUCUAUCAGGCAUUUAUUUGGUGCCAUUAAAAGGGAUCCGCAUAUCUACAAUUUUCGACAUAAACUUUAUCCGAUGUUUUCCACAUUUCCGACUGAUCAUGAAAAUCGUUUGUGGAAGCAACCGAAUAGCCUGUCAGACAAGAUCCGCGAGUGUUUGGUUUCACCCCUCUUUGAUAUGUUUAGCGCCUUGUUUAUGAUGAAGACUGAAACUCCGAACACCAUUGACCUACUGGAUCUUGUUAAAUAUGGACUUCCCAGCUCAGAGAAUCUAUACGUCCACAAGGACUAUAUUGUUUCACAAAAUUUUGCCCUGAAUAGUCCGAAUUGGGUAUGUGAACAUUUGCGAGGAAAUUAUAAAAAAUUAAGUUCAGACGAUGAUGGUGACGAGACACUCCAUCUACGAUUCAAUGAUGUGUAUGUUUUGAGUUGUGCUUCAACUAGAAUAUGUAAGGCUUUCAAGCGAAAAAUCUGGCAUGAUCUAGAGCAAUAUGUGUCCACAUUGACAGAACAAUAUGGCUCUGUCUAUGCUUAUACGGGCCCUGUUUAUACACCAUCGUGUCGGGAUCACGAAUGGUCUAUGGAAUAUGAGGUCCUCGAUUGGAGACCUUACCCAGUGCCAUCGCAUUAUUUUAAAGUACUGAUCAUAGAGUCACAAGUCGAAGGCUGCGGUCCCUAUAUGGAAUGUUAUAUGAUUGAGAAUAGCAAUAAAUUAUUCGGCAAUCUGAGCAGUUGUUUAGCGCAAAUCGAAGAAAUUGAACGAUUUACAGGCCUGCGUUUUAACAAGGGAUUGCGUCCAACGGUCGUAUAUUCAGAUGAUACUUGCACAAAAGACGCUGAGCAAUCGUCAGGAAUCUUUAAAGAAUUAUCCGAACCCUUGAUGCAUGCAAUAUCGAGAAGAGGAAUUUUCUUUUAAUAUACAUACUAAUUUUUUUAAUAAAUCAAA